CAUUACCGCACAAGCAUGUCAGAUAAUCUCACCAUCACUCUUGUACAACCUUAUUUAUGUGCUUUAUAAAAAUACAUAUUUCUACAGAUACAUCUCUUGUCUGUUACUCUUGUCAAAAAUGCUAAGAUUAAUGACCGUUGAUUGUAAAUAUGCAAGAACCCAUAUUGUGGAUGUGCUUAUCAGUCAAGGCCUGUGGAUUACAUCACUGCAUUUGGAUGGGUAUUGUCUAUUGUCACUUUACCUCUCAUGACAAACGGGACUGUCCGAGCACAUGGAAACCCGGAGCGUUUUUUAUUAUUAUUUCAUACAUGCUGCUAUAAGACCUGAAUUAUAAUAUCCUGCUGUAUUUUUUCAUGAAUUCAGACAAAUAUUGCUUUCUUUUGCCACCAGGCCACGAAUUUUGAUUGGUUGAGAUGAGUCAUGUGACCAGGAAUUGGCUGCAAUUUCGCCCAUAGUCUUCAGUUUAGUAGACCCUGGUCCCCAUACGCUAGUAAUAUCACCAAUAUACACAAUUAUAUUAGCCCGCAAAUGUGCAGUCUUAGCAGGGACGCAAAAUAAAAUCUAGCCUUUUGGAUGUUAUUUUUUGCGAAUGUUGGUGUCGCUGGACGCCCUUCUUGCCCAGGCGAAGCGAUGAAUUUUGAAUUUGAGAGGGAGAUUGGGUUCAUCAACAGCCAGCCUUCCCUUGCAGAGUGCCUGACGUCUUUCCCCGCUGUCCUGGAGUCAUUUCAAACUUCAUCAAUCAAGGACUCGACAGCAAUUCCACCUCCUUUCGAGCACACCAUCCCUAGUCUGAGUCCCUGCACAGGCAACCAGGCGCGACCAAGGAGCCAAAAGAGAACAGCCUCCAAUGGCCUGCAGCUCCGGACACAAACAGCACCGACGACGCUGCACCAGCAAGGCCUGGCCCCGCUGUCGGGCAGCGCGCCCCUGGCCCACGAGUUUCCAUGGAUGAAAGAGAAAAAGUCCUCGAAGAAGUGCCCCAAGCCCGCAGCCCCUGCAGCAGCAGCAGCCUCUCCAUCUCAGGCAUCCUCCGGUUACACAACCGCGAGACUGGACUCACCGACGGAAACUCAAGGUGGACUGGAUAAUGGUAGUGGUUCACGAAGGCUGAGGACCGCAUACACCAACACGCAGCUACUUGAACUGGAGAAGGAGUUUCACUUUAACAAAUACCUCUGCCGGCCACGACGCGUUGAAAUAGCAGCACUUUUGGAUCUAACCGAGCGCCAAGUCAAAGUGUGGUUUCAAAACCGACGCAUGAAGCACAAACGGCAAACUACGCACCACCGUGAUGGGCAAGAAGGCGAGCCCAGCGGUUUUGAGCCCGUUGAAGGAACCGAGGCUGCUUCACCUUACUCGAGCCAAUCUUUGGAUGUAUCUGGUUCUGGCUCUGGUUCGACGGCAGCUUCCGAGAGUGAUACGUGCCCAACAACUGCCUCCUACACGAACACUGCGGACAAAAGCCAGCCCACGCCUGAGGAGGGCCAGGCGAACCAGCCGGAGCCUACAUCUGUUCCUGACACAGCGGUUCACUCCCCCCCGUAUCCAACGCCUACUGCAGAUAACCCCACCACAAUGGGCGAGGGCCGUGCAGCUGGGCCGGAGCAUUCGUUCACAGAGCCGCAAGAUGCCACCUCUUUACCCGAUUUGAAUUUCUUUUCGACUGACUCCUGCCUACAAAUUUCGGACGCUUUAUCGCCGAGUUUGCAGAGCUCACUGGACAGUCCCGUUGACUUUUCCGAGGAAGAUUUUGACUUGUUUACGAGCACCCUUUGUACCAUAGAUUUGCAACAUUUACAGUUCUGAACGACAGUAAUAAUGAUAUCAAAACGCAUACAAGAACAAUCGAAGUCAAAUUGAUCACAAUGUCAUGUACCGCAACAUUCCUAAAAUAAGAGAGAGAAAGAGCAGGUUUUCUUCUAUCAAACAAAUAGGCGUGACACAAAGCCCAAACGGAGACAAAUUGUCCAUUAUUUUGAAAACACAAUGAUGUAAUCUUUUGAAUACACAUCGGGAUGGCCCCUGUCGAAGUUUCAGGUAUUUUAUUGCCUUUUGAUUCUUGGAUUUUAGUCUGAAUGGUUGCGGACUUUUACAGUGAAACUCAAUCAUUUGAAACUCAGGAAUUGUGUCAGACAUAAGGUAUAGUUUGCUUUUAGAAAUUCCCCAAGACGGGCGUUGCCCCCGUUGAAUAAUUUUAGAACUAGUUUAUUUAUUGAGAUUCUUUAUAGUAAAUUUUAAAUUUAUUUAUUGUACGUUAUUUUCAUAGUUGAAAUAAUAAAAUCAA